CUCUAUCCGUGUUCGAGUGCGGUUAAUUUGCUCUCGAUCGACAUCGGGACGCGCGGAACUGGUGCUGUCGUCAGUUGGUGGGAGCGGGUCCAAAGCGUUUUGCAACCGGGUUUACAUGCGUAAGCAAAAUUCGGGUUAUUAUGGCACCGCUGGGUGGCCCUCAUUCAGAUCGGUGGAUUUGGUGGAUGUCCUUCGUGAUAAUCCUACCCUUGUUGCGAGCUGAAUUACCGAUGAGUUUGAAAAACUUGGUAGUUGAGAAUGUCGAUAUUCCUGAGUGCUCUGAGCCGACAAGGAUGCACGUUGCCGGUAAACCACGCUGUUACUUCGAGCAGGCUUCGAAAACUAUCUGUUUUCGAGGGAUAGAUAGCCGGAUAAUGCCGCACAGUAGAGCGUUGUUUAAUCAAACACGGCAAUUGAUACUGUGCCAGUGGCCAUCAACCAGCUUUGACCCAAGAGAACUGUUGGAUUUGGUUCCUCACGUGGAAAAGUUUGCGAUUACUGGUACAACUCUGUGGAAACUGAAGAAUGACUUUCCUCAACUGUUAAAUCUGAAAAUGAUCAACAUCACUGGGACAAAACUGAAUGUGACGGAAGCUGGCAUUUUUCAACAGCUACCUGCGCUGCGAGUGGUUAACAUGCGGGGUAAUGCACUUGUACGAAUUGUUCCCUACAAUCUACAAAGUAAACACGUGGAGAUCUACUUGCAAGGUAACCCAUGGAACUGCACAAACGACAUGAUUUGGCUCCUAGAAGAGCAGAGCGGUAUCUACACCGAUAAGCACUCCCUCGUUUGCAAAGAUUGGAAAUACACUGGACGGCCGAUGACGACAGCCAUGGAGUACAAACGGGUCCUGAGAGAGCACUGUCGUCAUGAAGAAAUUCGAAACUGUACUUGUCGAAUAUCGUACCUUAGACUAUGCGACCACGGAAAAUCGUUCCAUCCGCUGGUUACGGUUAACUGUACCGGUAAAGAAUUUUAUAGGCUUCCAAGCUAUUUACCGCCAAAUACAACGGUGUUGCACAUGUCGAACAAUCGCAUCAACGGUGUAGAGCAGUUGACUACUGACGACUAUUACAACCCAGUUCAGGACAUAUAUCUGGACAACAACAACAUAACAUCGAUAGACAUUCUAGAAGAUAGCGUUUGGUUGGAUAACUUUCGUAUUCUAAGUUUGCGUGGUAAUAGAAUUAGCAGGAUUAGAGUCUAUAGCCUGGAACACGCUUUGGAACGAAACGCGCAUGUCGGUCAGCUCUACCUGGCCAACAAUCCGUGGCGAUGUGGCUGCCGAUUCGCUACACGAAUGCAGGAAUUCCUCCGAAAACACGAAUCCGUUGUGGUUGAUUCGCGUAACAUCACAUGUUACAUACUGGAUCCAGACGGCCACAAGUCCUAUUUACCGGUGAUGACACUUACGCCCAACGAUGUGUGCUCAUCGUCGGAACACAAUAAGGCAGCCAUUUACGAUAUACUGAGCAUGGUUUUUGCAUCAUUGAUACUGCUCAUCAUUGGGAAGCUUGCGUAUGAUUAUUAUAUCUAUCGGCAGUACGGAAAACUACCUUGGCUGAUAAUGAAAAUGCCUUGAACAUUCGUAGUAUAUUUUUGUGAUACACAGUGCUGCUCGAACACAUUUAAAAUUGCUUAAU